AAACUAUCAGAAAAUGUUUAUCACGAUUUUGUGCUAACUUUUUCGGAUUUAUUUUUCGGUAUUUUUGUGAAAGAAUUUUAUUAUAUUUGAGUUAUUUGUGGCAGAGCGUUCUAUAGUGGAAAAUUGUUUAUAUACGACACUAGGAUAAAUAAUAUAAUUACAACAAUAAUUGUAAAUAUUGGAAAAUAAACAAGUUUUUAAAUCAAGUUUUGUGUGACCUUGUCCCAUUAUCAUAUAACAUACAUUUACCUAUCGAAUUCGAAUGUCGGUUUUAUGUGGAUCACAACCGUAUGCUUUUGCACUAUAGAGCACUCAGUUUUAUCUGAACUUAUCAUGUCAACUGGCGCGCUUGUGAAAUUGGCUACGGGCUUGUGCCGCCACAGUACCAAGACCUUAUCACAAUGCCGCAGCUUCACCACCCAGCUGACAGAGCAGCAGCAGUACAUCCAGGACCAGGCACGACUGUUCAGCAUCGAACAUUUGAAGCCAAAGGCUGCCAAGCUUGACAUUGAAGGGCGCUUCCCUCAUGGAGAGAUAAAGAAACUAACGAAUAUGGGGUACAUGGGAGCCAACGUCUCCAAAGAAUACGGCGGUCUAGGACUGGACUAUUUGUCCCUGGCCAUCAUCGUAGAGGAGCUGUCCCGAGGUUGCGCCAGCACGGGAAUGACGCUAUCAAUACAUAACUUCCUCUACGCGAACCUGGUUAAUGAGAAAGGAACGCCGGAGCAGAAGGAGCUGUUUUUGAGGGAUUUCACAAAGGGGUCCAUCGGGUGCUUCGCUUUGAGCGAGCCUGGUGCGGGCAGCGACGUGGCCAGCAUCCAAGUGACAGCGAAACAAGAUGGCGACCAUUGGAUCCUCAACGGGCGCAAGAGCUGGGUCACUAGCUGCAUCGAGGGCCACGCGGCUGUCGUGUUCGCGACCUUCGACCCUGCCUUGAGACACAAGGGGCUGGCCUGUUUCCUGGUGCCGUUGGAUGCCGAAGGGGUCUUCAGAGGCAAGAAGGAACCCAUAAUGGGGAUCAGCGACGUCGACAGGGCGGCCACGGCCUGCGACCUGACGCUGGAGCACGUGCGGGUCCCCGGCAGCGGCCUCGUGGGCCGCGCCGGGGACGGCUUCCGCAUUGCCAUGGCACAGCUGGACCAGGCCAGGGUGGGCAUCGCGGCGCAUGCUGUGGGUAUCUCACAAGCAGCUCUAGACACAGCGAUUAAUUACGCUAAGGAAAGAAUGGCUUUUGGCAAGAGUCUCACCAGAUUACCCUCUGUUAAGGACCGCCUGACGGACAUGAGCGUGCUGAUAGAAACGUCUCGGUUACUGACGUACCGCGCGGCCAGCAACGUGACCACCAAGAACAGCGCGAUGGCCAAGUACGUGGCCGGGCGCAACGCGGCCGCCGUCUGCGACCACUGCGUGCAGAUACUGGGCGGCCGCGGGCUCUCCACCAAAUACGACGCCGAGAGACAUUACAGGGACGCCCGGGGCACGCAAAUUUACGGCGGAGUGACAGACAUACAGAAACGUCUCAUCGGACAUUUUUUGCUCAAAGAACACGAUGCGCUGUGACGGGCGAACCCUGGAGGCGAAGCGAUGCGAUUGUAAUGUCGAAUUUAUACUUAUUUGUAGAUUAUGUCGACGUAAAGCGUUGAAAAUCUGUUCGAGGUAAAAUUAUCAUUUUCUUCGGAUAACUAUUAAUUUAAAAAAUUAAAAUUAAUUUCUUGAUUAUGAACGUGGAGUACCUAUGUAACAGUAUGCCGGAAGGUUUCCGUAUUUUUAUGCAAACAAUGUUAUAAUUAAACAUGGCGUACUUUUACUUAUCAUAAAAACAGUUACGCAUAAUAUUAUUUUGGCAUAAUGUUUUAGGCACAAUUUUUUUGCGCAUACCUACCAUAAGCAUAACAAUUUUUAAGCAUAAUAUUCUAAACCAUAUUGGCGGCUUAUGGGUGGCCCAAGGGCCACCCCGCCGCACCCUAACCUACUGCUACACUAUAGCUUUAUGCAAAUCAAAAUUAUGGUAAAAUACAUUAGCCUAAACUAUAAUUAUGCUUUUUGAAAAGGUAUGCCAAAAAACAAGUGUAUCAAAAUUUUAUUAUGUCAAUAAAAUGUCUAACUCGUUAAAUUAAAUUAGGAUAAAAAAUGUAUGCAAAAAUAAGGGAUCUCAUGCCGGAAGCGGUAUUACGCGCGUUAGCGUAUUUUAAAAUGUUAACGCGCGUGCUCAUUGGUUAAACCAAUUUCGUCUGGUGUCAUGUCAUGUUCAAUCAUACUCAACAAAAUUGUGUUUGUUAAAAAAAGUGCAAUAUGUACUUGUACUUUUUGAAAAAACUCUCGACAAGUUGCAACAAUGAGAAAAAUAUGCCAAAAACGACGACUUUUCCCAUAAAUUCCUUGAUCACAUUAUAAAACUACUUACUUCACACGCUAUCGCUUUUAUUUACAAAAUAUAGUGAUUUCAGUAAUAACUUGAAAUGCCAUCACACAUACCCUGAUUCAGAAGACCGUCAUUCUGAACACCUGCCGUGUUACCCAAAAAUUCUUAAGCUCGUCAUGGCAAAAAAAUAUUAGACAGACUAUACUAAGUUUAUUUCUCCCUUAGAUUCUGUCUCAUAAUUCUUCAUAAGAAAAAUCUUUUUUGUUGCAUUUCUAUUUCUAAACUUUGUGUUUUUAAUAUGUCUUAUGAUAUCGUAUUGGGAGGUGCUUACAUUUUUUUUAGUAUAUAGAGGAUGAAAUUGAGCAUAAUAUUUAAUUGUCUGUGAUACAUAAAUAUAUGGGUUUCGAAGGAGCAUAAAAUGUCUGUUUCAAACAUACUUAAAUGUAUGGAUAUAUCUAAAACGGCAUUUUGGCAAAAAAUAACAGAUCGCAUCGCUUCUAAAAUGAGACAUAGUAAUUUAAGUAUAGGUAUAAUAGUUUUAUUUCUAUUUUUACGGAACAAGUAUUUACAGGCUUAUUUUCUAGUCUAGUAGAAAUAUUUCGAAUCGACAUGAAUAUUUAAAAGCUAAAUAAAAUCUUGAUGGGAUUGCCUACAUCAUUUUAGUUACACCUAAAGUCCUAGUUUUAAAACUCGGUGAAAAAAUCAUCUCAUGUAAUGAGAAAAAGUAUGAAAAGUGUAAGUAUAUACUUAUUUAAAAAUUGCGCUAAUUUCUGCUUACUUACAUUCCUAGUUUGAUUAAUAUAUUUACAAUAAAUGAAAUCUUAAGUUUCUCAUUAGAGUUCAAUGAGAAACGAAGCGAAACCAACGGAAAGAUAUUUAUUUUAUAUCUUUCCCAUUUCUUUGUCUAAUUUAUCACAUCAACUACAAAAUUAGGUUUGACCGUUCAUUGAUAAGUACGUUUUAAUCUCUGCUUUCAUACAUGGAAAACUAA